CAUGUGAUUGAAUAUUGAAAAAAAUUUUCAACUGAUUGUUUAUGUUUUUAGUAAAUUGAUUAAUUUAAUUGAUUGAUUUUCUUUUUUUUGAUUAACUAGUUAAUUAAUUGUUCAUCUAGAAUGGGUAAAUCUUGUGGUGUUGCCAAACGAAGGAGAAAAAAUGCCAAUCCAAGGUUUCAUCAUAAAUCUAAAUUUGCCAAAGAUAAAAAGAAAUUGAUUCUUAGACAAAAAGUGAAAGAUCCUUUGGUUCGUCAAGGUUGGGAUCUUAGUAUAAGUAAAGCAAAAAAUUUAAAGGAAAUUGGAAUAACUGAUGAUCCUAAUAAAGUGAUUCCAAUUCCUAAACCAAUCAAAGGAUUAUUAAAGCCUAAACAACCGCUGAUUGUCAAGGUACCACCGAUAAGUCAACCUAAAAGAAAAGAAGUUCUUGAGAAAAUUGAAGAAAGGAGUAAACGUAAGAAACCACUCACCUUCCAUUUUGGUCCUAAUCUAGUUGGUUGGUUAACCGAAAUGAUGUCGAAACAUGGAGAUGAUUAUAAGGCCAUGGAAAGAGAUCCUGAUAAUCAUUAUCAACACUCAGCUGGUUUUAUCCGACGGAAGAUCAAACAAUUCUUGACCAAUCCCUUCACUGGUGAAGCUUAUGACAAAGCCAUGGAAAGUUUAGAAACUGAUCUGUAUUCUGAUGAUGAUUCUAAGGAUGAAACUGAAAAGACUGAACCAGAACAAUUAGAAGAACCCGAGGGAAAAAAAGAAGAGGAAAAAGUAGCUACAGAGGAAAUUACGAAAAAGAAAAAGGAAAAGGGAAAGAAAAAAAGUUCUAAGAAAAGCAACUGAUCUUAAAUUCGUUGAAUUAAGACAAUCGUUAAAUGGUAACCCAUUUCAUCAAAAUCUUUUCAAUAAAUUGUCAAAAUUUAAAUUCUCUUGUAAUUAAUUGCAAUCAAAGUUUGUUAAUCUAAUCAUUCAUUUGUAAAUAUCAAAGACAAUUUGAUGCUAUUAACCUGAGAAUUGGUUCCAUUCAAGUGAUCUAUUAUGGAUGACAAUAUGUACCAUUGUAUUUUCUGAUUGUAAAUAACGGUAUUAAGUCGUGGAUUGAUUAACAAAUAAAAUUACUAAUUAAUUAAUCAAAAUUAUAAA